GUAGCAACCGUCGCCAAGCAUAAAAAUAAAACUACAGGUAGGAUAAACACACAGAUCCAGUCAUCUCGAGGAAAAGCUCGAAAGUUCAUUCGAGAUUGGGCUACUGUGCCUCCGGAAGGCGAUUGCGCUUGCGACGUUCGUUCAAUAUCCAUGUCAAAAGUAGUGAAGAGGACUGCGACACAAAGGGAACCACACAGAUGAAUAGGAAGGAUGCCUGUUACUUGAAGUGAGCUAUGUGACAUUGCCUUCCUGUGCAAGUGGUGGGGAGACAUGAGGGCUGUCCUGCCCUGGGUCCUCUUUGGGGCAUUCUGCGCAAUCACAGGCAUCUUCUGCAAUCCCAUGGUCCAUUUGUCCAUGAGCCACAAACAGUUGGAGCGAACUGUGGUACAGAAGUUGAAACCCCAGCCAGCUUCGAAGGGGGCGCUGAGCCAUGCCCCCCAGCGGGGCCUCAAGGAUAUAAGUCUGGAGGAGACGAAAGGGAUCAACUCCACUUCGUUUCACUCUGGCAUGAGGCAGGAGCCCUGGGCUCUGGUCCCUCUGGAGCAGUGGGAUGAAGGCCCCACUAGUGACUCUACAAUACCCCAGGAUUUCCUGGAGGAGUAUGCAUACCCAGACUACCGUGGGAAGGGUUGUGUGGACGAGACUGGCUUUGUGUUUGGUGUUGGUGAGAAGUUCACCCCAGGGCCUUCCACGUGCCCCUGCCUCUGCACUGAGGAAGGGCCCCUCUGCUCAAAGCCAGACUGUCCUAAAAUUCACCCACGCUGCAUCCAUGUGGACAACAGCCAAUGCUGCCCUCAGUGCAAGGAGAUAAAAAAUUACUGUGAAUUCCGGGGCAAGGUCUACAGAUCGCUGCAAGAGUUUAAGGUGUCAGCCUGUGAGAAAUGCCGCUGUGAGCCAAACGGGGAGGUGCUGUGCACAGUGGCUGCCUGUGCCCAAACGGAGUGUGUAGACCCGGAAUACGAGCCCGAGCAGUGCUGUCCCAUCUGUAAGAGCGGGCCUAACUGCUUUGCAAACAAUUCUGUGAUACCAGCUGGACGGGAGGUGAAGAUCGAUGACUGUACGAUCUGCUACUGCACGUAUGAGGAGGGCACAUGGCGCAUUGAACGCCAAGCCACCUGCAGCAAGAACGAGUGCCAGCACAGUUAAAGCAGGUGGAGUAGGUGCUGGAUUCACACAGUGCAACAAACUGUCUUCAUCCACAGGGGAUCAGCCAAGUGACUUCUAUUCAAAUAUGUAUUAUAAACAAAAACUAAAAUAUUUCUAUGUUUUUUUGUAACCCAUAAAAAGAAAAUAUUUAUCUAUUCAUUAAUGUGUGUAUGGAUGGCAAAGGAAUCUGAUGUACUGUCAGAAACAUUUGUUUCAUAAGAUUGUGGUACAUAAUAUUGGUACACAUUACGUUGUCCAUCAGAGUAAGACCGCUAUCCUGAGGAUUUUAUUGAGCAAAAUUCAAUGACACUGAAACUUCACAUAAUCUCUGAAAUUAAAGCUGAAUACAUUGCAUGGAAAUUUCUACUACAGAUUCCAUUUCAGAAUUGACUGGAGAUUCAAUGGUAUUCUUGCAAUUAUUUUAUGUUCUGUAUUUGUGUAAAGGAGCCAUGCAAGAAAAUAACUAAAUUUAAAUGUAUUUGUUAAAUAUUUGUAUGUGUAUUUUCGAUGGUGAUGCUGCGCACAGUAAGCACAUUUUACUACUGAGGGACAUCAAGUCUACCACCUUGUUGCUGUGCUCUAUGAUUUAACGGUUUUAAUGUGUUUAUGUGCUUCUUGAAAACAUUGUAACAUCUCUCGUCCCAUUAAUCAUCUCCCAAUACACCUCUGAGUCCCAAGCUAACACAAUGUGACUUUUAGAGGAAAUACUUUUCUAUUCCAUAUUCAUUUGUAAUUUAGAAUAUUAUACUUCAGAAAGUUAAUAUUAUUCAGAAUAUCAGUCCAUUUUAGUAUGUUGAUAAAUCAAAAAAUUGUGAUCAUAUUUUUAAUGCAUGCAUGCACUUGAAAUUGUGAUAAGAAACAGCACACAUCCACAGUUAUGCACUCGGGGAAAAGACUGGAGAUUAAUCUUGUAUUACACCAGGAGGUGGGGUAGGCUGUUUUUAUGUGAAUAUUGUGUGCCAGUUGUACAGUGGGCUCCAGAAUUAUUGUCACCCUUGACAAAUAUGCACAAAACGUGUUGUAAUCUAAAAAAGAAUACAGAUAUUGACAUAAGCUUUAUUUUUUAUGCUUAAAUUAUUGUACUUUAUUAAUGAUUCAAUGGAAUCAAGAAAAGUCUUAUUAAAAUAAAAAAAAUUAAAUAUUUCCUUAAAAAAUAGGUUCCACAAUUAUUGGCACCCCUGGUUUACUACUUUGUGCAAACACCCCUGUUAAAGAUGACAGCAAUGUCAUCCUAUAAUUUGUGAUAAGGCUAGAGAACACAUUUGGAAGGAUUUUUGACCAUUCCUCCAUGCAGAACCUUUCAGAAUCAUUGAUAUCUUUUGCCCCCCUCCUCAGUUCAGAUACACGUUUUGCAUGGGAUUUAAGUCUUGAGACUGAGAUAGCUAUUGCAGAACUUGGAUGUUGUUUUUACUUAACUGUUUCUGCAUGGAUUUUGAUGUAUGUUUGGAGUCAUUGUCCUGCUAGACAAUCUACUUAUGACCAAGACUGCUUCCUAGCAACCAGAUUUUCUGCCAAGAUUUCCUGGUACUUUGUUGAAUUCAUUUCUUAAAUAGUGCCCCUGGACCACUGGCAGCAAAACUGUUUUCAAAACAUUCAUGUAUUUUUUUUACCCAAUACCUGACUUAUGAUGGUCAAUUUUUCCCAUGCUGACGGUUGACAAAGGGAUUUUGCAUGCUUGUUACCUUGUUUUUUCUCGUGAAACAGGAAGUAAUGGAAUGACGCAUUAGACUGAGAUUAGCUAAAUGAAAGUUAAAUUGUUUUGCCAAUUUCACUUUGUUUGAUUUUAUUUACAAUAAUGUUUAUGGGUGCCAAUAACACACCUGUGGAUUUCAGAAAAAAAUAGAUUACUAAAUCAAAAACAUUGAAACAUGAGAGUAAAUGUAUUUAAAUAAAUUAUAUAGAUUUUCUGUUUGUUUGAACAUAAAAUAGAGAUCAUUAUUCACGUUGUUUAUUUUAUGCAGCCUUUUUUUUUUUCCCCUGUCCUUAAUUUCUUAUUAAGGGUGCCAGUAAUUCUGGAGACCACUGUAAAGUCACAGAUUAAGUUUAUUCCAGGACUAAAUUGAGUUUUGUAUGGAAAAUCCCCAUACAUAAUUGAAUUUAGGCUUAAUCUGUGUCUGUGAGACUGGCCCUAUAAAUAUUCUUUUGUUACGUAUGUAACAUAAUCUCAUGAAAGUUUCUGAUUUAUUCAAAUUCUGUGCUUUUUCCACAUAGAUUAUUCCAAAGCAACAUACACUGCUCUUUAGGUGCACAGUAGAUUUGGGAAGGUGUGUGCCAAAUUUCACACCUCUACAUUUUUAAUUGAAUUACUGAAUAUUGGAAUUUACAUUGAUGAUUUACUGUAGCGUUAUUGACUGUUAUAUACCAUAUUUGUGCCAUUGGUCAUAGUGGGCAUAAGCCUCCACUUACCUGUCACGUUUAAUUAAGUUUUGAGAAAUUCUGUGUAUUUUAUAUCUGUUUUGUUAAAAGGUGGCUGAAAAAUACAAUUAAAAAUCAGAGUACCAUAUUAAGAUAUGGCAACUUGCCUUCAGUGCUUAUGUAAAUAUAGCUGCAACAAGCAUUGUAAACAUAAGAAAAAACUUGAAAUUAUGUUUAGAAUUGUGUUUUGGUGUUUGAUGUGUAUAUUUAUGCCUUAGCAAAGUAAACAAUGGGGACCUGCAGAGCUCCAGAAAGUUAAAAGAAAUGUAGAUCAUUAAAAUGGCCACCUUUUAUUAACCCUU